UAUAAUUUCUGAAGCACAAGUAAAAUUCUUGGCAUUGGAAAUCCUUGUGGAAUUUGAACAAAAUGGGGUUCUUCUUUGGAAUGAUUAUUGGCAUUGCCAUCGGCAUCGGGUUGAUCGUGGCUUUUGCUCGGGCGGAGAGAAUCCGAUCCAAAUGCCGUUCAGAUUUGGCCAAGACAGUGGCAGCGUUUGCAAGGAUGACAGUGCAAGAUUCUAGAAAACUUCUCCCAAGCCAGUAUUAUCCAUCUUGGGUAGUCUUCACGCAGCGCCAGAAAUUGAAUUGGCUUAACCACCAUCUUCAAAAGAUGUGGCCUUACGUUAAUGAAGCAGCAUCAGAGCUGAUAAAGAGCAAUGUGGAACCGAUACUCGAACAGUAUAGGCCAGUCAUCUUGUCGUCACUCAAAUUCUCCACCUUGACCCUUGGCACUGUGGCUCCACAGUUCACAGGAGUUACCAUGGUUGAAAGUGAAAGUGUAGCUGGAGGAGUCACUCUGGAGUUGGAGCUUCAGUGGGAUGGAAAUCCCAAUAUUGUGCUUGAUAUCAAAACCAGAGUUGGUCUUGCACUACCUGUUCAGGUGAAAAAUAUUGGAUUCACUGGGGUUUUCAGGUUAAUCUUCAAACCGCUAGUCGACGAGUUCCCUUGUUUUGGUGCUGUUUCUUAUUCCUUAAGAGAAAAGAAAAAGCUGGAUUUUGUGUUUAAAAUUUCUGGUGGUGACAUAUCAUCAAUCCCAGGCGUUUCUGAUGCUAUUGAGGAAACAAUACGAGAUGCUAUCGAAGAUUGUAUAACUUGGCCAGUACGCAAUGUUAUACCGAUAAUACCUGGAGAUUAUAGUGACUUGGAGUUGAAGCCUGUUGGAACAUUAGAAGUGAAGCUUGUGGAAGCCAAGGAGUUAACAAACAAGGACCUGGUGGGAAAAUCAGACCCUUUUGCUGCGAUAUUCAUACGUCCCCUUCCUGAUAGAACCAAAACCAGCAAAGUCAUUGAUAACGAUUUAAAUCCAAUCUGGAAUGAGCACUUCGAGUUCAUAGUCGAAGAUUCAACGACUCAACACUUGACAAUAAGAAUUUUCGACCAUGAAGGACUUCAGGCUGCAGAACUCAUUGGCUGUGCUCAAGUGAAACUGAGCCAGCUUGAGCCUGGCAAAGUGAAGGAUGUGUGGUUAAAGCUGGUGAAGGAUUUGGAGGUCCAGAGGGAUACUAAAUACAGGGGCCAGGUGCACUUGGAGCUGUUGUACUGUCCUUUUGGUAUAGAUGGUAACAUUGUAAACCCAUUUGACCAUGACUUCGCGUUGACCUCUUUGGAAAAGGCUCUUAAACAUGAAAGUAAUGAGACAGACAGUUCAGAGUUGAGAAAAACCGCUGCUCAGAAGAAGAAGGAGGUCUUUGUGAGAGGAGUAUUAUCUGUAACAGUUAUAUCUGCAGAAGACUUGCCAGUUGUGGAUUUUAUGGGGAAAGCUGACCCUUUUGUUGUCCUUAUUAUGAAGAAAUCUGAAACCAAAGCCAAGACCAGGGUUGUAACUAACAACUUGAAUCCAGUUUGGAAUCAAACUUUUGACUUCAUGGUGGAGGAUGCAUUACAUGAAAUGUUAAUGGUGGAAGUUUGGGACCAUGACACUUUUGGAAAAGAUAGAAUAGGGAGAGUGAUCAUGACACUGACCAGGGUGUUAAUGGAAGGGGAAUAUCAAGACUGUUAUGCCCUAGAUAUUGCUAAAUCAGGAAGAAUUUAUUUGAAUCUAAAGUGGGUUGCACAGCAUAAAGUCCGCGAUACGUGA